GCAUUUUUACUCCUGAACAGCACUUACGGUUUUUGGAGUUUUAUAAGAAGCUUUCCACGCUGGGUUUACAGCAGGAAAAUGGACAUAAUGAUAAUCAACUACAACUUCAAACUCUGGAACAGGAGAAGAAGUAUAUUUCAGUGAGGAAGAACUGUGCUUAUAAUUUUCCAGCCAUGAUUGUUUUUGUGGAUCCAAAGAACUUCCAUUUAGAACUAUAUUCUAUAUUCUUCUGCCUUUGUCAUGACCCUGAAGUUCCUGUCAGAUAUACUAUGGCCAUAAGCUUCUAUGAAGUUGCUAAGCUUUUAAAUUCUGGUGUGUAUACAAUACAUAAAGAACUGGUUACACUAUUACAAGAUGAGUCACUGGAGGUAUUAGAUGCCCUGGUAGGUCACCUUCCUGAAAUCCUUGAACUAAUGACUAAUGGAGGAGAAAACAGUGGAUCGGAAAGCAAGUUAUUGUCUAUUCCUGACUUGAUUCCUGCAUUAACAACAGCAGAACAGAGAGCAGCAACUUCUUUAAAAUGGAGAACUCACGAGAAGUUACUACAAAAAUAUGCAUGUCUCCCUCAUAUCAUAUCAAGUGAUCAGAUUUACUACCGUUUUCUUCACAGAAUGUUGACAAUUAUUUUGACAAAUAAUGUCCUGCCAGUCCAAAAAGCAGCUGCUCGAACUCUCUGCGUUUAUUUACGUUAUAAUCGCAAACAAGAACAGAGGCAUGAGGUUAUUCAGAAGCUGAUUGAACAACUGGGCCAAGGAAAAAGCUAUUGGAACAGACUUCGUUUUUUAGAUACUUGUGAAUUCAUAAUGGAACUGUUUUCAAAAUCAUUCUUCUGUAAAUACUUCUUUCUACCUGUGCUUGAGCUUACACAUGAUCCAGUGGCAAAUGUGAGAAUGAAGCUAUGCUAUUUGUUGCCAAAAGUUAAAUCUACUCUGAAGAUUCCCACUGAUAAACAUUUACUUCAGCAGUUGGAAUUAUGUAUUAGGAAACUUUUGUGUCAAGAGAAAGACAAAGAUGUCCUGACUAUUGUAAAAAGAACAGUGUUGGAAUUGGACAGAAUGGAGAUCUCUGUAGAUGCUUUUCAGAAAAGAUUUUACGAAAAUGAUUUAUUGGAUCAAGAAAAAGAGAGACAAGAACAUCUGCUUUUGGAAAUGGAACAAUUAGAAAAAGAGAAGCAGCAAAGUGAAGGAAGAUCUACAAGUAUUAAUGAUAAAAUGUUUGAAAAGAAGCGUAGAGACAGUAAAACAUCAUCAGUAUUGGCAAAAAGUAUCACUCUCUCUGUUCCUGGAAGCUCUUCUGGUACAUCAGCAGGCAAAGAAGACAAGAAAUCUAAGUUGGUUCGAAGCCAGUCUUUCAGUACUCAAGCACUACAUCCAAAAUACAGCAACAUAGACAAGUGUCCUAAUAAAAGCUCUGCUACAGGAUAUACAUCUUCAGUAUCAGGAAUGGGAAAGAGUUGUAUGUUGUCCUUUAGUGAUGAUUCAUUCCGGACUCAUUCUGCUGGUAACAGUGGAAACACUGCCUUCCCUUCCAGUUCUUCUCGCAAUUUAUUUAACUCAGCUGACCAAAAGAACAAUGGAAAUAAGGAGAGGCAGUCUCGAAAGAUGAGCAUAAAAAACAGAAAAUCAAACUCUUAG